GGCCCCGCCGUCCGCCGCGGCUGUGGCCGCCGCGCCCAUGGCCCAGCGGGCGCCCAGGGGGCAGGGGCAGGACGAGGAGGAGGGAGCGGAGGAGGAGGCGGCGGCGAGGGGCAGCCAGGCGCGGGCCAGGAGCCAUGCGGAGCCCGCGGCGAGCGGCGGCAGGACCCAGGACCGGCAUGAGAGGAAGCGGAAGAGGCAGGAGGCGCAGCAGCUGCAGAAGAUCCAGCACUUGGAGUCUUUCUAUGAGAAACCUCCCCCUGGGCUAAUUAAGGAGAAUGAAACAAAACCAGAAGACUGCAUACCUGAUGUACCAGGCAAUGAAAGUGCACGAGAAUUCCUGGCACAUGCUCCAACCAAAGGGCUUUGGAUGCCUUUGGGAAAAGAAGUCAAAGUUAUGCAGUGUUGGAGAUGUAAACGUUAUGGACACAGAACAGGAGAUAAGGAAUGCCCAUUCUUUAUUAAAGGGAAUCAGAAGUUGGAACAAUUUAGAGUAGCACAUGAAGAUCCAAUGUAUGAUAUAAUAAGGGAAAAUAAGCGUCAUGAAAAAGAAAAGAGGAUACAGCAACUGAAGCAGCUCCUGGAGGACUCUACCUCAGAAUCUGAUAGCAGUGAUGACAGUGAUGACGAUGAUGAAGAUGGCAGCAGCUCCACUUCCUCAGAACAUAAACACAAGAAGAAAAAGAGAAAAAAGGAAAAGAAAAAGAAAGAAAAGAAGAAGAAGAAAAAGAGGAAGCAUAAAUCAUCCAAAUCUAAUGACAAGUCAGAAUCUGACUGACGGCAGUCACCUGCUGCAUGCUCAUUGACCUCUCUACUUGUGAACUGCGAGGAAAGAUCCAAAGAAUGAGGAGGAAAACACCAGAAAGGGCUUUAUUAAACUUGAAACAUACAUGUGUAUGCAUACAGCAUCCUACACUGGCUUCCUCUUCUGCCUCUCUGCAGCCAGAAAGAAGAAAGCUGCAUUGAACCAUAUCCUUGUGCUGUAAAACACAUGCUGAGACUCAUCCAGCUUGGUCAGAUGGGGCCUCUGCAUUGCUGCCUGUGACCAGCAGCAGAAAGCAGCGACCACCAAGGGAUCACUGACAAACCUGUAGCAUUAGCAGACUGUCUGUUGAAGUGUCUUUACUCCAUGAAGUUAUUUUAUCAUCUACAAAGCCUCAUUGUACCAGGACUGCAGUUUGCACCAUGCAGAGCACUGAGGGUUCCCUUCCAGUGCUUGUAAUGAGCAGGUUGUACUGUAUUUUCUUCUGCGCAUACAUGCUGAACUUCUGUGUACUUAUCCUAAUAUUGGCAGCUAGGGAAAUAAAGAUUUCUGCUGCAGGGGAAAAAAGGUAAUCAAGGGGAUUUAUUUUAAGACAAAAUUGCAGCAUCAGCAAGACUUGAUUUUUUUUUUGGUGUGUGUGUAACAAAAUCUCAACAUCACCAUCAUUAAUACACAAUUCUGAAACACCCGAAGUGAAACAUCUCCAGUGUCUAAACCGCAGAAUUGGGAGCCAAAACUGUAAGGAGGUAGUAGGUUUAGUUAUUUUAAAAGGGGGGUUCCACAUAAGAAAUUUAAAAGAUUAAUUUCUGCAUAUUCUGCAGUAUCAGUUGUUUUGAUACAAGUUAAGGGAGGUUUCCUUUUUAAAAGGCUUGGGGGUAAUAAAUUCCCACUUUUUAUGUUUACUAGAUUUGAUGGGGUAACAUUUUUUUGAAUCAUCCCACAAGAAUAUAAAUGUGUAAGGCUCUCAAAAUGGCUUUCAACUAUAUGCAUGAAACCACAAUAAUAGUAAAGAAUUUGUAAGCAGGAAGCAGAGAACAUUUUAUGUACUUAGGAGACCUCACAUAUUGACCACGCUUUUAAAUAAUCUUGCAGACUCCACCAGGAAGAUGGAGAUCGCUAUAAACAGCAGUUUACAGUAACCAACUCUCUUUGAAGCCUCAAGGUACAUUAGUACAGAGCUGUGAAUUGAGGAACUAGAUGGUGGAUAUUGGUACUGUGCAAAAGGAAAGAGAAACCUGGAUUUGCUUUGAAAGAACUGCUAUAGAAUUUAGUCUCUGUGGGUAUGCUCAGAUUGAAAAAAAACCCCACAUGAUACAGCUCUAAUACAGUAGAGUGAACAUUAACAGUGAAAUCAAGGAGUCGUAGAGUACAAUGCAGCUAAGAUAUUGUUUUAUUUUCUUCAAAACUUUGGAAGAGAGGACAAGCGAAAGUGUAAAUUAAAAUGUUUUUUCUCCCUCCUACAUAUCUUAGAGUGGUUUAGAAAAAAUAACCCCCCCAUUCCUUGCCAGUCAUUCACAAUAUGCUCUGAGGAAAAACAAGAUAAGCAAGGCCUACUUACAAGAAGUUUCUGUAUCAUAUUCCCAGACCUUGAAGGUAGAGCUGUAUUUUGUCUUGUAUUUAGCAAGUCUCCCUGUGAUGGGAUUUACUGGUGACUCAUGGUAGUUCUCUGUAUCAGCACCAUUAUCAAAUCCUAAGGGCCUUGUUCUUUCACCAGAAAAAGAUUUAACAGCUGAAAUAGCAUAGGAGUAUCUAUAAUGGACUGAUUCUCUUGGCCAGGUUGGACUGGGCUCUGGGCAACCUGGUCUAAUGGGAGGUGGCCCUGUGUGUGGCAGGGGGUUGAAACUAGAUGAUCUUUACAGCCCCUUCCAACCCAAACAAUUCUAGGAUUCUUGUAUUGCCACACUUGGGGCUGAGAUUAAUGCAUUUAUAGAUUAUUGAACAGAUGCUGGAAGCCUGAUACUGACCUGAUGCAUUCCAAGAAAACUCUUACUCAGGCUUGUCUAGAGCAGGGCUAACUUAGGAUCUCUUCAGUUACUUCAGCUUUUGUCAUUUAAGAUUGUUCUGAUGCUCAGUUUAAUAAACAAAUUCAGUUUUUCCUUUA